GAGGAAACUCAAUACAUAGUCCGGUCUUGCCACAUUGGAAGUUCACAAACCGAUCAGUGACUACCGCCACUCCCUUCUAUCUCUCACAUCUCCGUGCAAACCAUGUCAUCGAAUCCCCUCAACAUCUACACCGGUCUCAAGAGUCUCCAGGACUACCAUAACCCGGACGCUAGUCCUCCGCUUCCUUUGGUAGAGCUUCCUCCUCCACUGAAUCCCUACUACGACAAUGGAGUUCGAAUAUACGCGAAGAUCAUGACCGCCCUGCCGGCCCAAAAUGUUAAAGCCCUCCCAGCGCUCAACCUUCUUCGAGACGGGGUCAAUCCCUCAACUACGGAAACCAUCAUCGAGUAUAGCUCCGGCUCCACCAUUAUCUCCCUGGGUAUCCUGUCGCGUGUUUAUUAUGGCAUUCAAGAUACCCGGGCGUACCUCAGCAACAAAACCCAUUUAACCAAGCUCCGACUGAUGCAGUUCUUCGGGCUGAAAGUAAAACUGUUCGGAGGUCCUUCUACACCUGAUGCAGAUGAUGAAUAUGGGGGCGUGUAUGCGGCCGAGGAGGAAGCCCGGAGAAGUGAAAGGAUUCUGAACCCGAAUCAGUAUAAGAACCACGCGAAUUGGAAAUCACACACCAUCUGGACUGGCCCGCAGAUCCUCAAGCAGUUACCACAGAUUAACCUGAUCUGUGCCGCAAUGGGAACCACUGGAACCAUGAGUGGACUGGGAACGUACCUGAAAAGUGAGAAGCAGUCUGUUUUCUGUUUGGGCGUAUGCAUUGCCCCCGGAAAUGAGAUACCCGGACCACGAAUGUAUUCGAUGAUCCAACGGAUUGAUUUUCCCUGGCGAGACACAGUGGAUGCCGUCGAAGAGGUCAAUGCUGAGGAUGCAUUUCUAAAUUCAGUGAAGUUGUCAAGGGAAGGGAUUAUCUGUGGUCCUUCUUCCGGGAUGCAAUAUACCGCACUACUACGAUUUCUCAAACAGCGGAUUUCCUCUCAAAGUCUCCACUCACUACAAGGCCCCGAUGGGCUCACCCACUGCGCUUUCCUCUGCUGUGACCUACCCUAUCAGUAUCUUGACGAAUAUUUUGACCGGCUUGGAGCUGAGCAUUUCCCGUCGAUUGAGAACGAGUCUCUCCUGAAAGUGGACACCUAUUCAUAUGAAAGCAAAUGGGAAAUCCUUCCUUUGGACCUACCCACUCAUCUCGGUGUUGAUAUAACCCGGUCACGCGCCAAUGGAUCAGGACCACAUCUGGAAAAGGAGGACGCUGUUGAGAAUGCCAAUCAGCCUAAUGUUCUCCCCCCGGUCAACAUCAUUGAUCUUCGUGCGGACUCAGACUACCACGCGUCGCAUGUCGAGCAGUCAACUAAUCUUCCGCUACAUUCGCUAUCGGGUGGGACGGAAAGUCCAUGGAAGGAUCCUAGGAUCUUGAAGCAGCAAUGGGAAGAGUUAGAUGGAAUUCUGUCCCAUGACAAUCCUUCGAUCUUCUCCAAGGAAGAUGGAAAACCACAAGAGGCUAGGCGUGUGCUCCUAAUUUGUUAUGAUGGGGCUGUGAGCAGAAUCGCGGCUAGUAUUCUACGUGCCAAGGGCGUCGAGGCAUUUUCCUUGCGAGGCGGUUACAGGGGAUUUGGUUCUGAAGUCACCGGCCAGUUCACCGACUGAACAUGACCCCGGCUACGUGGCUACGUGUGAUGUGUUGGAACACGGCAGGGUGCAGACCGGAAGAAGGAAAUACUAUAGAUCCGCGUUUGUUGGUCACUUAGUUAGUUAUCAUGCCCUGGGGAGUAUGGUUUACUAAGCAGUGUUUUCCGACUUUAACUAACUAAUUGACCACGGC